GCGCCGCUUAACUGAAGUGCGCAUCGGAAGGGUGACAUAUUUUCCGCCCAACUGGGAAGAUAGCCAGAAAAGGAUAGCCAGCAAAGGUAUGCGUAGCAGAGGUAUGCGUUUCAAAGGUAUGCGUUUCAAAGGUAUGCGUUUCAAAGGUAUACGUUUCAAAGGCUGACGCAGCAUAGUUAGCGAAAGAGCCCACUCUCAACGAGGGAAAGCGCAACGUACGCUUUGCGAAGUGCAUCGCUCGGUUUUUACCCCCCUCUUUGCCAUUCGCAAAGGAAGCGCAGAUGCGUGGGGAGAGUCAAUCAGGCUCGAAGCCGAGAAGAAAGUAGGCGAGGCAAUCGAAAAGGUUUAACAGCUUAACUGAAGAGAAGAGGCCGCCUUUUUUAUUUUUCUUUUUUUUAACUUCCUACCGUUUGAAGUUUUUCCGGAACGUAUAAACAGGUUCACCAUUUUUGACCAGCAGAGGGGGAAAGAAGCAAAAAAAAAGAAAUAAAAAAGCAAAAAAAAAUACCGUUGUGAUAACCCCCAUCCAGGGGAACCCCUCCGAAGUCUUUCACAUCUCCUUGGCUGCUUCUCACCCACCACCGCAGAAGAUUUGCAACUUUUGUGCCCCUCCCCGACGCGCGAGAUGAUUAAGAAGGGGAGCCUGAAGCUGAAGAGCCUGAAGAUCGGGCGCAGCUCCGUGGGGAACGUGAAGGUGGAGGGGAAGUCCAUCUGCAAGGAUGAGGCGAAGAGGAAAAAUGAUGAGAAGCAAAAGAGGCUCAAAAUGUACAGAACAAAAGCGAAUUUAAAAAAAAUGAACGCCAAGAUAAAUGAAGUCAGGAGAAUCGAACCGAACAUAAAAUGGUUUAACAACACGAGGACCAUCAGCCAGAGCAAGCUUGCAAUUUUUAGGGACAAACUGGAGGAGGCCACGCAUGACCCCUUCAGUGUGAUCAUCAAGAGGUCCAAAAUUCCGGUGGAGCUCCUCAGGGGAAGUGCUGGCGAGUCCGUCCCUGCUGCCUUCGCCCCCCAAUUUGAAAAGAAAAAGCAACAGAGCGAAAACCUACUCAGGAUGGAGCACUUCCAAGACGUAUACGGGAAGAAGAAAAAAAGGAAGAGGCCCAAACUGAAUGUCAGCAGCUUGGAAGAACUGGCAAACGAUGCCGAUAGGAAGUUAACCAAUUAUGAGGUGGAGAGGGACAACUCGCUAAUCGAGAGUAGAAACAGAGAAGUAGAAAAAAAGUUCAGCAAAGAUCACCUGCUCAGAAUUGGGCAGUCCAAGAGAAUAUGGACGGAGCUCUACAAAGUGAUCGACAGCUCGGAUAUCAUUUUGGAGGUUCUAGAUGCACGUGAUCCCAUAGGAACUAGAUGCAGAAGGUUAGAGGAAAAUUUAAAAAAAGACAGACCAAAUAAACACAUCAUUCUUAUUGUAAACAAAGUGGAUCUAGUACCCACCAGUGUGGCUCAAAAGUGGAUCAAAAUUUUAUCGAAAGAAUACCCAACCAUUGCCUACCAUGCGAGUAUAAGCAAUCCGUUUGGCAAAAACGACCUCUUUAAUGUCAUCAGGCAGUACACGCAAUUCUUUCAAGACCAGAGGAAGAAACAUAUUCACAUCGGGUUGAUUGGGUACCCCAACGUUGGAAAGAGCGCCAUUAUUAAUUCCUUAAAAAAAAAAGUCGUUUGCAUUUCGGCCUGCCUACCAGGCCAAACGAAAUAUUGGCAGUUCAUCAAAUUGACGAGCAAAAUAUACCUCAUAGACUGCCCCGGAAUCGUGCCCUACGACAUCGAGGACUCCGAUAAGAUCCUCAGAUGCACCAUGCGGCUGGAGAAAAUUACCAACCCGCACUUUUACAUUGAUGACGUUUUUAAAAUGGUCAACAGGGAACACCUGCUUCGCAUCUACAAGCUGCCUGCCGACUUGCAGUUCGGCAACACGGAGGAGUUCCUCGAAAUUUUGGCCCGCAAAAUGGGCAAGCUCCUCAAGGGCGGCGAGCCGGACAUCACCUCCGUCUCCAAGAUCAUCCUCAACGACUGGAUCAAGGGCAAGAUCCCCUACUACGUCGACCCGGACGCGGCUCAAUCGACAGGCGCGGCUGACGCGGCAGCGUCGGGCGAGGAAGAAGAAUUGGCGGCAGAGGGGGUGGGGGCAGACGGGUUGGAGGAAGAAGAAUUGGCGGCAGACGGAGUGGCUGCCCAGGAGUGA